AUGGAGAACUCAAACUAUUUCUCUCGCUUCCCAGAUUUUCAAACUGCGAGAUCAACUUCCGCAAUCGCCGAGUUUGAUCGCCUAGCAUCUCAAAGGAACUGGAGCCAAGGCUCGAAGAAAUACAGAAGCGAGCGUGCGAAAUUUCUCGUAUCUGAAUUCGACACUCACUUUGGUACCGACGCGACAAAGCUAGAGAGCUGGCAGGCGCUAUGCGUGGAAGUGAAGGUUCAGAGUCCAACCGAGAGUAUUUCUCAGUGCCGAAAGAAGGCUCUUGCGAAGGUCCAUGUCAAUCUAGUCGACUUGGUUGAUUCCCGAAGGACAGGAAAGAAAGUCAAGCGGUUUCCCAGUCAUAGGGCAUUGACAGAGUACACUAUCGACACUAGAAAAAUAUUUCCAAAGGCUGCAGCAAAAAAAGAUGGUUUUCUCAAAGCCUUGCUUCGAGUGAUUUUCUAG